AUGUCGCUGGGGCGUGCUGUGCCAGUCCCUCUCCACAACCAGAUAUCACCCUCCCCAGAAGCUCAUUUCGGGCCGACCUACGGCAUAACCCGAUCAAGGCGGCGCUGGGGGGCCCUGACGACGCUCACGUGGCUUGGUGGUGGGGCCGGGCUCAACCCCCUCACAGCUCUCCUUUGGGGUAAAAUAACGGCGGGAGGUGCAGCAGUACGAGUGCCCCCGUGCGGUGUGGCUGAUUCGGGUUGUACAGUUGCAGAGAACGGGGUCCUGGGGCCGAUUCACGAGUGCCAGCAAUCGAGCCAACCCGGGGCCAGCUACGCGGACCAUCCCUACCAGGACGACGAAGGCGAGGCAGGCGAAGGCGACGAAGGAUCGGAGGCCAGCGCGGUGUCGUCGGACGCGGCCCUCAUCGGCGGCGGGGGCGCGAGUACGACCAACCUGCCGAGGACGACCCCCACGAGCCGACACGAGCUGGCCACCAAAGUACAGAGCCUUAAGGACGAGUUCACGGACCUGCUGACGGAGAUACGGCGAAGGAAGAGCGUGACUGACGGAGGGGGGGGCGUGGGCAUCGGCGUGCAGACGGAGUUUGAAGAAGACGACGGGGAAAUUCGUCGCCCACGCAAAAGAGCCUUGUCCACAACCUCCACCUGGUCGUCCUCAUCUGGCCGCGAAAUAUCAUCAUGCAUGGCCCGCCCCCUGACCACGCCCACUCAGAUGGGCCCGCCUCUCCUUGCCCCAACAACGCCCACCAUGCCUAUCAAAGGAGGAGGUCGCUCUUAUUUGGUGACGGACAUCCCCUGAAGUGCAGGUUUAUGGUCGUGUUUGCCUUUGUUAAAUGUCCCCCCCCUUUUUUCACCCAUUCUGUUCUGUAUUAUAGGGAUGUAUCCUUUGGUUAUUUUGUUGGAUAGGCGAGAUCCUUUUGUAAUUGGUCUUCCACAGGGCCGACUUGAAGAUAGACUAAUAAGAUUUGUUUUGUUAAUUGUUUUAGGGUACUUCAAAAUGUUCUUUUUAUAUUAAUAUAUGUAUAAUAUGAUAUACUUUGAAAAACAUAAUGAUACAUUGCAUAACUGUUUGGUUAUAUAUGAUGUUGACUGUUAACAGUUUUUUAAUUGGAGUGUGUUACAGUUAUUGAUCAUUUUAAUGUAAAUUCUGUAUGUAAUCUAGAUAGAUUUAUUUCCAUUUUAAAGCCUUUAUAUGAAAUAAAGCUAUUUAAGCAUAGCAAAGCACAGGUCAGAUUUUAUGUAUAGAACAUGUAUGAUAAUUUACCAUUCCCUGUUCAUGUGUUUGUUGAGAUCUUUUUGUGAAAACAAGGAUUUUUGAAAAUAUGAAUACUAUAAAUGUAUAUUUUUUCAAGAUGUAUAUCCACCAAUAUUAUCCAUUUUUUCAGAAAAAAAAAAAAAAUAGUCAAGUACAUGUUUAAUGUUUAUUUCAUAGCUGAAUAAAUUAAAGAAGGAAAAUUGACAUGAGCAUAAUGUUCAGCACAGAGAAAGCAAAUUUAUCCGUUUAGUUUAAUCCACAAUUGACCACAGUGUCACUAUAUAGUUUACAUAAGGGUUAUUAAUUAUAUUUGCAUGAGCAUAAAGAGUUCUGAGUCAAUAAAAGACAAGAGGAAAUAUAUUGUGGUUGAAAUAAAUCAAUGUACUGUGGUAUUUUUUUUAUUUUUAUUUUUAUUAAUCAAUUAAUUAGGUUAUAUAAUGACAAGCAUAUGUUUUGAAAUCAGUCCAAAUGAAACGAGCAUAAUCAUAAUUUGGUGCUAUUUUACCCAUCCAUUUCAAAAUACUGAAUCCCAUGAGCCUGUAUUGGGAUAUGAUGAAAAGCAUUAUCCUGUAUAUUCCUACAUGAAGAAAGCUGUUUCUCAAACAAAUAUAAGAUCAACAAGAACAAGAAAUAACACCUUGGUAGGAUCAUUACCUUGUCAUCAAAGCUGGAUUAUCUCUUAUGUCACAUUUAGAAGCAGAUUCACUUCUCUGAUUAAUUUAGGUUGCUUCAGAAAAUAUUUCCAUUGUUCAGGAUUUCAAAUCAAAUUUAGAAUAUAAAUGUAACAAAAUCUAAACAAAAGCAUAAUAUCAUGUUUCUGCAUAAUCUACAAAGUAGAUGUAUAUAGUGUAUAAUAAAUAUCGCUAGGAUGUAUUUCAUUGUUCGUAUAAUUUCUACUCACAAGAUAUAGAUUUUAUUUAUAUAGUGUUAAUAGAACUUUCACAUCUAUCAAAGACAAGAUAAUACAUUCUAUAUUAUGAGAGCCAAUAUAUUUCUCACUCAUUACAGACACUGUACUGUGAUCCUCUUAUUUUGAGUCAGUGUUACUCAAAGACUAUGACCUAGAUAUUAAGCUUCUGUAUGUAGAAGCGUUUCAUUUCUGUAGUGGCAUUGUUACAUAUUCUCAUAAUCCAUAUAUAUACAUAUAUAUAACAAGUCCUGGAUUACAGUGAUGAUUGCUCUGGAUACUAUAGGCCCUACAGACGGUGGUGCCAUUCAUAUUGCAAUGAACCAGUGUUUCUGUGGUUAGUGUACACAAUAUUCCAUUGUUCUCAGUACUGUUCAACAUAACAAGGAGGUGGAUGACUCAUUUUUUUUUUUAUAUAAAAUACAUUUUAUUUCAAGAAUAUAGUAUGGAAUUAAGGCAGGUUUUGGAAUAUGUAAGAGUCAUUACUGUGUUUUAACAUGUGAUUAAUUUCAGUGCAUAAUGAUUAUCAAAGUGAUCUAAUCUUUUGCCAAUAUAUUCAAAACAUUUUUUCACUAAUGUCACAUAAUGUUAAGGUUAUAAGUUCAUUUGCAGUACAGCAGUAAAUAAUAAUAAUAAUAAUCUUAAUAGUAACAAACAACACAAAAAAUUAACAAUAAUCAUAAAAUUCAAGAAAAAUAAUAACAAACUUAUGGAUAUAUUAAUAUCUGCUCAUAAAAUACUAGAGGAGACAGGAAUGUUAUAGACAAGAAAUGCUGGACUGUUGAAUUAUUGGAUUUUAUUUAUUGUAAGUACUCUAUCAAGGAAUGUCUUGAACCCUGUAUUUAAAGGAAUAAUUGUUCGAUUUCUUGACAUGACCAACUUCAUAAAUUUAAGAUACAUAAUGACCCUGAAGGUUACACUUUUCCCAUAUUUUGUGUCCAUGAUUUGUUUCCUUUUUUUCCAAAUCACAGAUUAUAUACAAGUAAAUGAUUUGUUUAUACAUAAUUUCUAAAAGGUUGAAAUACUGACUUUUAUAACUCAGACACUGUUUUUAAGGGUAUUGUAUAUGUAUUAUUCAUCAGGCUCACACUCAUAUCUUAUAUGUAUAUAUUGUAAAUAAUUACAUAUGUAUACUGUAUAUGAACGUCAUACCUUAUAAUAGUGGGUAUUUAUAAACAUCUCCCCCCAAAAAAAAACAUUUGGAAGAAAGAAUCAAAAUAUUCAGAAUGACUAAAUAUCAAAUCUGCUGAUAAACGAGGCUUAAAAAAACUCAAAUCCCUUUCAUUAUUGGUAAAUGUUGCCAUUCAGUAUACAUCGAGACUUAGAAAUGACACCUUUUUUAGAAUUUCUUUCAUUAUUUCUUUUUUUCAACUGCUUGUGCCAGGAAUGCAUACUUAGAUGUACAGUCCAGUGUUAUUUUGUUUUAUUUUUUAUUUUUUUUACCCAAAAAUGGCUCUAAAAUCACUUAGUCACUAAGGUAUCUAUUACUAGGUCUCUCUUUUUAAUUGUUUACCCUUUUUUAUGAAUUAUAGUUAAAAGAAGAAGAAGAUGAUGAUAAUAAUAAUAAUAAUAAUAAUACCACUACUACUAAUGAUGAUGAUGGAUGAUGAUAAUAAUAAUAAUAACAAUAACAGUAACAGUAACAAUAAUUGUUGAUGAUGAUGAUGAUUCAAGGACUGGAGUAAACAUAUAAGAUCAGGUAGGCCUAGUGACAGAAUUCUUGAUGACUAAGCACUUCAGGAGCCAUCUGUGUGUAAAAAAAUAUCUGUAAAACAAAGCCACUGUGGACAAUGUAGGAAGUCGGAGCCAAUAGGUAGCGUAAUUGGUACGGUAUCGCAUGCAGUUGUUAUGUGGCUAAUGAUAGCAGUUUCAUUUGAAACCAUUUCCUGAAACAUUAUAUGCUAUUAAUAAUAGUAUAUAUUUAUACUCUUAUCCAUUUUACGCUUGCACAAAGUUAUUUUAUUUCAUUCUAUUUUUUUUAUAAUUCAAGAGAUAAACUUUAAUAACCUUGUAUUGGAUAUCAUAACAAAACCUAUCACUAUGGUUUUACAGAUUUCUUUUCAACUAUUCUGUCACAAAAUAUAAUUUUAAAAAAUAACAGUUAGAACCAAAAUAAUAAUGAUCAAAACUACAAUGAGUUAACAGUGACCGUCCACAAUGACUGUCUAGGAGUGAUGAAGUUGCUUCAAUGGUUCCUUUUGAUUAUAUUCACGACCAUACAUAUAGAUUCAGUAUAAUUUUUUAUAGGUUCGUGCACCUGACUUUAGAUGUACGCAUUUGAAAAUUUUAAAGAAUCAAUUGGUCAACUGCACUAUCCCCUUAACAGUCGAUGUAUUACCUCCUCUUUUCACUUGUAAAUGGCAUAAUGUAUCAUGUAGUGUCUCACUGCUGUGUUAUUUAGGUCUAUCUUGUGUAAUAAUGUUCAAAGCUUGUUCAAAGAAAUGUCAGUUGUAUGGAUACCUGUGCAGAUGCUGAAAUAAUAUGACAUAUUCUGCUUAUUUUUCCUUUUCUUCAUGAGUAGAAAGUCAUUUCUCUUUUUCUGUGUUAAAAUGAAAAGUUUAAAGCAAGUCAGGGUCAUUAUAUAUCAUUAUGCUUAAGGACAACAUUAAUCAUGGAUCCCUAUUUAUCUCCCUAUAUUCAAGAUGAAGAGAGACAGACUUCAGUGAUAUUAUUACAUACUAAAAUGAUCAGUUCAACGCCUUUUGUAAAGUAUUAAACAAUAAUACGGUGCAAAUUUUGUCUUAAUACGAAAUGAAUACUUUCAGAAUAAUAAUAUAUAACAUACA